UCUAUAAAAAAUGAAUACUGUCGAAGAACUAUAGCAUUUUUUUAUCGCAAUAAUAUUUUUUUUUAUAUUUUACACGGAAUUCCUUAACAAAUUAUGAAUUAAAGUGCAAUUAUUUUUCAAUACCGAUCAUGAUGGAGGCAGCAGGGGAGAGUAUUUGCGCUGCUUGUCUUAGCAUCGGAAGGAAAAUGAUACUAGUAGAUGAUUACUCGAAGAAGCAGUGUUUUAUGAAUAUUAUAAAUGAAAUACCUAUGCGGAUACCAAAUAAGCUACUGAUAUGUUGGGAGUGCAAUGCCAUCAUUACUAGGUUUAUUAAGUUCAAGGACCAAGUGAAACAAUCCUAUGUUAUUUUCCUCGAGUAUAUUAAUAAGACUGUACCUCUAUCAUCAAUAAAAACAAAUUCAAAACUCUGCAACCAUAAGCUGAAAACUGUAUCAUAUCAACUCGGUAUCGAACUGGACAACUUGAAACAGGAGGAGCCGAAGACAUUGCAAAUAAAGGAGGAGGUUGACUUCUCCGACCAUUCCGAUGACAAUCGUCUACUCAUCGACUUCAAGAAGAAUAAAAUUGUUGCUGGAAAGGUAAAAAAGAAAAAGAAGCGCAAAGAACUUCAAAUGUAUAAAGAGAUAGAGUUGUCGGAGCAGGAGAUUGCAGAAGAGAGACGGCAGAUGGCGCUGAGAGACGAUUAUGUGAACGCCAUGUUUAGAUGCGAGAUGUGUUUGGAGACGUUUCCGAACGGAGACGAUAUGAAGGACCAUGUAUACGUUAAACAUGAGUUGAACGCUUCAAACUUCAAAUGCAGCGUGUGCGAAUGCUCCUUCAGUUCCGAAGUAUCGUUCAACUACCACAAGAAGAAGCACAAGCGUCGGUACCAGUGCGCGUUGUGCGGGACCAAGCAUGCCACCAAACGCAGCGCCAGCAAACAUUACGGGAAUGCCCACUGGACUUCCAAUAUAAUACAACUAUCAACUAAAGAUCAAGAGAUGUUUGGAAAAACUGAAUGUAUAGAAGAAUUAGAAGAUGCGAAGCAAUCAGAAGCAUUUCCUUGUGAGUUCUGCGAGAAAACGUUCCGAUGGAAGACGUCUUUGCGGAAACAUCUGGAAACACACAGAAUAGAGGCCGGACAGAAACGGAAGCCGUAUUGUGAACCUUGCAGGCUAUCAUUUACGACGUCGUCGAAUCUCAGGAAGCACGUGAAAACAAGUUCAAAGCAUCAGAUACAGUUGAAGUUAUGGAAGUUGAAGCAAUCAUUACCACAAGACACAACCAAUCCGGAGAAGGAAGCGUGCAUACAGCAAAUAAAGCGGUCGGUGAACACGGCGAGAGAGCAAUACCCGUGCCCGCAGUGUGACAAGAAGUUCCAGUGGCGAGGGAAUCUGCUGCGACAUCUGCAUAGCCACGAGGCGAGAGCGAACGGCGAACUGGUCUGCGAACCGUGCAAAAGAACAUUCUCCUCGAUAGCAACGUACAAACAACACAUGAAGAUAAGCAAAAAACACGUCAGUGAGAAUGAUUUUAAGUAUAUGUGUAGUGACUGCGGCAAGCGUUUCGCGAACAAAACGCGUCUUAAAGACCACAUCGAUUGGGAACAUCUGAAGAACUAUGUACAUACGUGCUCUGUUUGUAAGAAGGUGUUCAAGAGCCACACAUCCUUAUACUUGCACAUGCAGGUAGUGCACAAGAACGGACAGCCAGAACAUCUCUGCGACCACUGCGGGAAGGCGUUUCCGAACCGUGCAAAGCUGCGCAGCCACUGUCGCGCGCUGCACAGCGGCGAGUGUUGGUACCGCUGCGGCGCGUGUCCGGCGCGCUUCGCGUGGCACUCGUGUCUGUCGCGGCACGUGCGGCGCGUGCACCGGGCUGUCUAGCGACCUGCUGCGGCUGAACGUCACUCUGUACCUAGUGACUUUAACAGAGCGUUGUUGCCAGUUGUGAGGGAUUCCCCCUAAAUUUGGGGAUUUUCGUGGGGAUGAAAUGUUUGUGGUAUUUUUUGGAAGAAAUUUGCUGGAUUGAUUGAUAGAUUUUUUGCAUAAACAGGCGUUUUGAACAGUGGAAAGAAAGAGGAUUCAUAUUUUCCAAAAGAAUUGGGGUCACGUAUUUAGGGGGAUUAUAUUGAAGUCAUCUGGCAACAUUGCUUCGUCCUAUGUAACAAAUCCGAACGUAGCGUCUUCCACACGUGUGACACUGGUCCAAAAAUCUAGGUUUUUCGGUCCAGAGAUGUCAACAAAACGGAUAAUGAUGACGGAUGACUUCGUGACUACUUUAAGUAAAACAAUAUAAAAAAAAACUGUUUUAGAUGAACAUUUUUAAAUCAUGGUUGAUUUUAAGUCGAUUCUCGUAGAAGCGUUUUAUUUUUAAUGAACAUCCUCCGUCGCGUUUCCCAGAGAACCAGAAAAACCAUAUAUCGACCUGAAAAUUGAUUGCUUUCCUAGCCUUGUCAUUUUUAAAGCAAGUCAACAAUUUAUGACCACCGAUAUGUGUAUUUGUGAUGAGUAUUUUUAUAAUAAAUGUAUGUUUGAAAUGAU